UCGCGGGUCAUGUAACUUGUGUGCGCCAGCCACUGAAACAUUCUUUGGGAAGGAGGAAGUGAUUUAAUGGAUUUAUUUCCACCAGCGCUGGACAAAUAACUCCAUCGGAGAAGUUCACAAACAAAAGAAGGCGUUUCAAAACAAUGGCCUGCUGAUUAGUGGGAAGAGUCACUACAAGCUCCUGAACAUAAUUGGUGAAGGAACUUUCGGCAGUGUUGCCAGGGGAGUGAAUCUGUGCACAAAGCAGAAUGUUGCGGUCAAGAUUUUGUCUGACAAAGAAGUAUUCAAAAAUGAGAUCAACAUGAUGGAAGUCGUGAGUGUUCUGGACCCAGUUAAAUCCAACGUGGUGCACUUCUAUGAGAAGGUCGAGCAAGUUGGAUUUACCUGCCUAGUGUUUGAAAGGCUGGACAGGAAUCUGUGCGAGCUUCUCGAGGACAGAGAGGGCAAACCGCUGUUUGUCAGUGAGAUACGGCCGAUAGCACAACAGUUGCUGACGGCCUUAGAAGCCCUGAGGAGACUCGGCAUCAUCCACAGUGACUUGAAGCCAGAUAAUGUCAUGCUGGUUAAUCACUACAAGGAGCCAUUCCGCGUCAAACUCAUAGACUUUGGCGUGUCGUUCAGAACCUCUGAAGUGACAGACGGAAUGGUUAUUCAGCCUGUGGGUUUCAGGGCACCUGAAGUCUCCCUGGGUCUCCCCAUCUCCCAAGCAAUCGACCUGUGGGGUCUUGGGUGUAUCCUCGCAUACUUGUACCUCGGUGAGGAACUGUUUAAUACAGAAUGCGAGUAUCAGAUGAUGAGGAGCAUGAUCACUGUCCUGGGCAAACCAGAUGACUACCUCCUGAAUGCAGCAACACAAACCCAUUGGUUCUUCACGAAGAACCCGCACUGGAAAAACCCUAAAUGGUCGCUGAAGAGCCCAAUGCAAUUCAUGUUCGAAACUGGGAUUGAGCCUACACAGGGCUGGCCAGUUCAGUUCAGGUCCCUGGAUCAGCUUGAAACAAUUUACCAAGAGGGUCAGGAGCCAAUUAAUAUGAUCGAUAACAAAGCCUUCAUCAACCUGCUGAAGCAUCUUCUGCACAUGGACUCUGAGCUGAGGAUCACUUCUGCUGAGGCUCUGCGGCACCCAUUUAUAUCCAUGGAACUCAUGGAGGAGCGGUACACCAGCCUUUAUGUGUGCAACGCAUUUAAGAAGAUGAUCGUCUGCAAGUUGGAAGACUCGAAGGAUGACUCCAUCCACAAAGUCUCUGCUUCUCCUCUCUGCGGUGAUGACGUCACUAACGAGCCUGCCACACUUGGAGAAAUCCUGUGGAUAAAGACGGACAACUCUCUGGAGGAAACGUCUGAUGAUAAGACUGAGGAGGAAGUUCAGGGCGUGUCUUCAACGUCUCCUUGCGCCAAUGAAUGCAGCACAAAUCUGCCUGAAGGAGCAGCUGCUGCUGGAGCUGAGGGUGCUGAAGCUGUCAAUCACGAUAUCACUUGUGAUCUGACUGAGGAGAAGACGGUGCCUGAUGGUUCACCUGAUGUCAAAAGGAGGAAGAGCCUGUUCAAAAGGAUUCGCUCAUUCUUCAGCAGAGAGUUUAGAGCCUUGUUCAGCAGGAGAAGAUCUUAGGUGAAAAUUGUGCAAACCAUUCAUAUGCACUUAUUGAACUGAUGAUAGACAUGAAUGUGCACAGACUCAGUUUUACCUUUGUCCCAGAGGGAUUUUUUAAACUUUUUAUUGUGAUGUCUUACACGCUAGAUAAACAUAUCAUAAGGGAUAAAAUAUAGCAAGCCUGAUGUUAUAAAUAAUGUAUUAAUAUAUAAAUAAGGGGUGCACCGAUUGCAAUUUUCGAUCACCGAUUUUUAAAAAGCCUGACCUGCCGAUUCCAAUUUUGGCCGAUACCGAUAUUUCUAUAACUGACAGCAUACACCUUCAAUCUUUGAAUCUUAUUUUAUU